AUGGCGGCCGAGUUGGACUACGAGUCUGUUCUGUGUGUGAAGCCCUAUGUCAGCAUCUACCCGAUUCUGCUCCAGGCCUCCAACCGCGGUUACAGGGCAUCUGACUGGAAAUUAGAUCAAUCUGAUUGGACUGGUCGCCUCCGAAUCACUUCAAAAGGGAAGAUUGUUUAUAUCAAACUCGAGGAUAAAGUUUCAGGGGAGCUCUUUCCUCAGGCACCAGUAGAACAAUAUCCUGGUAUUGUUGUGGAGACAGUGACAGAUUCCAGCUGCUACUUUGUAAUCCGGAUCCAGGAUGGUACUGGGCAUAGUGCUUUCAUUGGCAUUGGCUUCUCAGAUUGGGAUGAUGACUUCGACUUUAAUGUCUCUUUGCAAGAUCACUUCAAGUGGGUAAAGCAGGAAUCUGAGAUUUCCAAAGAAUCUCAGGAAAUGGAUAAUCGUCCCAAGUUGGAUCUGGGCUUCAAGGAAGGGCAGACCAUCAAGUUGAGAGGGCUUCUAAACCAUCAAGUUGAGAGGGCUUCUAAGUCCAAGACUACAGGAGCUGGGGGCCUAAGCUUAUUCCCACCCCCACCUGGAGGCAGAGUCACAAUUCCUCCACCAUCCUCCUCAGUUGCCAUCAGCAAUCAUGUCAAUCCACCGCCCAUACCAAAAUCCAAUCAUGGAGGUAGUGAUGCAGAUAUCCUUUUAUAUUUGGAUUCCCCUGCUCCUGUAACGACACCAGCACCAGCUCCAGUUUGCAAUGACUUGUGGGGAGAAUUUAGCACUGCAUCCAGCUCUGCUCCAAACCAGGCACCACAGCCAUCCAACUGGGUCUAG